UUGGGCGCUUGAACUUCUCCUAGUUCGGCCAUGGAGGGCCGACCGCCGCUGGAGUUUUUGGUGUCAAAGCUGCCUGAGCUGCUGGAACACUUUGGGCUUCAAGGCGAGUUUAGAUGGAAGGAGUUGGAUUCUUUUGAUGAUCGAAACCUCAUGGUGACGUUCGAGGAUGGGCGGAAAUAUGUGGUCAAGGCGCACAACACUUUGCUGCCGAGUGGAUCGCUGGAACGACUGGACGCCCAGGAUCGUUUGAUGUGCCAACUCCACAGCCAGGGGCUUCCAGUUCCGGAAGUGCUCUACCGAGAUGGAUGCUCCACCUACACGUUGCCCUCACCGGUGCCUGCCUUGGUGCGCAUCUUGACCUAUCUGGAAGGUGAUUUGAUCAAGAACGAGGCGCCCAAGAGCCCCGCGCUGCUGCGGAGGAUCGGCGCGCUCUGCGGCUCGGUGGCCGUGGCCUUGGAGAGCUUCGAUGCCAAAGGUUUUCAAUGGACCUGGGCUUGGGACAUGAAGCGCUUGCCAGAAGUGGUGAGGAGCAAGCUGCCCUUCAUUUCUGCUGACCGCCGCCCGCUGGCGGAGCGGCUUUGCCACGCCUACGCCGAGCGCCUCUGCACAGAGCGCCCCGAGCACGGAGGGCGGCUGUGCGACGUGCUGCCGCAUACAGUGCUGCAUGCCGAUCUCAACGAUACAAACCUGCUCUUCGCUGACGACGAAGUGGUGGGCGUGAUCGACUUUGGAGAUUCGAUCCACAGCUGUCGCAUCUUCGAGCCGGGCAUCACCGCAGGAUACUUCAGCCUGGGCCAGGCGGAUCCUGUUCUGGUGCUCUCUGAGGUCCUUCGAGGAUACCUGCAGCGGGUGCCUUGGGAGAUCUCGGAGGAUGAAGUCCUUGCGUAUUUCCAUGUGGCGCGAGGCCGCAUCUUGCUGUCGGUGGCGUUUGCGGCUGAAAAUCGCCACCUGGAGCCGGACAAUGAAUAUCUGGCACACACCGCAGAACCCGGAUGGGCCGUACUGACGGCGCUGGACUGCGAGGCGGAGGUGCUCCCUAGGCUUCGUGCGCUGGUGACGGACGAAAAAGGGAGCAAACCGCCCUGAAAACGCCACGCCGCCGCGCCGCGCACAUGCCCACAUGCACACGCCGUUCGUUGGGACCUGGUUUUUGGGCGCCGUGUGUGUUG